GAAUAAUCACUGAUCAUGUGAUUUUCUUUCUCUUCAGCAAACAAAGAAAUGAUCAUUACUGAAGCGCACACCUAAAUUAAACGUGAGGAGCAUAUUCUCCAGCAGCUCUGGCCAUCAUAAAAACAUUUUUCCCUCCAUGGCACCAGUAGCCUUGGAGCUGUUUUCAUUCACAGAGCCGGGAAGAAGGUUUCAGGCGCAUGGAGGACGACUUGGCUGCGCACGGAAGUCGGGGCAUAAAUUCAGGUCAGGCUUGGCUUUGCUAGCUCAAGUGAAAUGUAAAACAGAAGGCAGGGAGCAGGUGAAGCGUGAACCACAGUCGGGCAGUGAUAACGCCUGCCCAGCGGGAAGCCAGCAGCCACUUCUCCCACUUGGCCGCUAUUAAAUCGUCGCUCAAAUUUCGUGUCGGCGCAGAGACGAGCAGCACUUCUCACUUUCACUUCAUGGCUCAGCGCGCCGCUCACCCUGCCGUCCCCAUCGCGCUGCUGCUGUUUGGACUUGUUGCGAUCCUGCUGCUCACGAUCCCCACGCAGGACAUCCAGGAGGCUCCGGGGUUCAUGUACGGGAUUGUCUUGGAUGCUGGAUCUUCGCACACAGCUUUGUACAUCUACAAGUGGCCUGCAGACAAGCAGAAUGGCACAGGCGUGGUCACCCAGCACAGAGAAUGUCAUGUUAAGGGUGGAGGAAUCUCCAGCUAUGCAGGUCAACAGGGAGCAGCAGGGCAGAGCUUGGAGGUUUGUCUAGACCAGGCAGUGAAGGACAUCCCCAAAGAGAGGCACAAGCUCACACCUGUGUACCUGGGAGCCACGGCUGGCAUGAGGCUGCUGCAUGCGUCCAGUCCGGAGCAGUCUGAUCAAAUUUUGCAGGAAGUUGGCCAUAAAAUCCAGUCGUACCCUUUUGACUUUCAGGGUGCAGCCAUGCUGAGCGGACAGGAUGAGGGGGCGUACGGCUGGGUCACCGUCAACUACCUCUUAGAGAACUUCAUUAAGUACGGCUUUGUGGGGCGCUGGUUCAGCCCCGGCAGGCCCACAGUGGGAGCGCUGGAUUUCGGUGGGGCGUCCACUCAGAUAACGUUUGCAACUCAGGAUGAAGUGGAGGACAAACGGGACAUGAUGAAGCUGCAGCUUUACGGCCAGGAGUACUCUCUGUACACACACAGCUUCCUGUGCUACGGGAGGGACCAGGUCCUCAAGAGGCUGAUGGCUCAUGUGUUGAAGUCUCAGGGUUACUCUGCGUCAGUCACUCACCCCUGCUAUCCUGCUGACCACAGUCAAACUUUAAAGUUAAGCAGCAUAUUUAACUCUCCUUGUACGGCAAAGUACAAACCCAACUCGUACAGCUCUGAGGCCUCUCUGAAGGUACAAGGCAGCGGACAUUAUGAACACUGUUUGGGCAACAUGUCUGAGAUCUUCUCGUUCGAUGGCUGCCCCUUCUCCCAGUGCUCGUUUGAUGAAGUCUUCCAGCCAAAUGUCACGGGAAGCUUCAUGGCGUUCUCUGCGUUCUUCUACACGCACUCCUUCCUGCAGCGAAUCACCGGCAUCACCGUGAACACUCCUCCACUGCUGGCGAAGGCAGCCAGAACUGUGUGCAGCAUGACCUUCAGUCAAAUGCUGCUUCUUGCUCCAGAGCAGAAGUCUCGUUUGCAGGACUACUGUGCUGCUUCUGUGUUUCUUAAUAUUCUCAUGUUGAGAGGAUACGGCUUUGAUGAGUCAUCAUUCCCACGUAUUUCAUUUCAGAAGAAGGCAGGGGACUCCUCGGUGGGUUGGGCUCUGGGCUACAUGCUGAGUUUGAGCAACCUGAUGCCUGCAGAGACUGUGGGGCUGAGGAAGGCCCUGACCCCAGGAGCAUGGGCCGCAUUGAUCUGUCUUUUUGUCCUCCUGCUCGCCGCAGUCCUAGUCUUCAUCUUAAUCCGAGCUCGUGAUGGGAAGAAGAAAGGAGGCAAUGAAGGCACCAUCUAGAUGUUUCAGCAGCGUACAGUGCAGCCAAAAGACUAACACACAGUGAUGUGUUUUUUGUUUUCAUGUGGGCUCUGUACUCCAACACCUUAUUUCUUUCAGAUUUCUUUUUUUUGCUAAAGUGCUGUAACUAAGCUCAGCCGUCAUCCCGUCUUUUACAGCAGGAGCUCUACACAGACACACAGUCAUACAUACAUACAUGCAUGCACACACACACACACACACACAGAGCUCCCCAACUGGAUCAGCUAAAACGCCUCUUUAAAGCCUCCGUUACUACCUCUGAAGACAGUACAGAAGGGGGGAUCACUUCGUCCUCCCAUUACGCCUCUGUGACAUUCACAUUGAAGCGGAACGUCACAGGGGUGUAAACAUUGCAGCUUGAAACAGCAGUGAGAUUUCAAAUGUUGGAUCUCAUUAACUUUCUUUGUCCCGAAUUGUUUUGACCUAUCUCUCAUUACUUUCUACUGUUUUUUAUAUAAAUACUGUAUGGACACAAAAACCCUUGAAUUAAAGCUCUAAGUCCAUGCUUUAACCUCAUAGUUGUUUUGUCCUUUUCUUUGAAAUCCAUUAGGCCUUCAUGUGUGGAGUACAGAGCCAACCUGAAGAAAAAAAUGUGUCACUAAUGGAAUAUUUUCUGACUGCCACGUACAGUAGGUUUAAAAACUAAGUUCUUUCCUGGUUGUGAACAUUCAACUACACACUGUUCAUUUCAUUUUAAAUAUUCUUACUAUAUUUAUAUGUCAUAAAAAUUAACUGAAAAUAUAGCUUAGACCAGUGUUUUCUAGCUUUCUUUUCUCGGAGCUCACUGAGUUGUGUCGACAAAAAGCUAGGCCUGCCCAGGACCCACAUGAAACAAGUCAUACAUUGCUGUUAAAUAUUAACAUCAAAUGUGAUUGUUUUCAUUGAUAAAAUCCAAACAGAAUAUGCCUACACACACUGGUUCUUACCAGAACACCUCUCUAUCUAGUAGUUUUGAUUUUAGUUAAUAUGAGAAAACAUUGUUUUGACAACCUGCAAACAGACGGCACUUCUGAGUGCCACUUCUGAGAUCUUUGGCACUUCAUCCAUUUUAGAAGAUUGAUUUCUGGAUUAAUUUCUUCAUGUAAUUUUUUCAUUUAAUGUUUGGUUUUGCUUUUGUGUAAAUUGUGUUUUUUUUUUUUGCAUUUUCUAAUAAAUGAAAUUACAAAAUGA